UGUAAUUGGCUCCUCAUUGCAAAGACAACGAGUUUUACUUCGACUAAACAUUAACUUGCUCCGCCCCCUUCACAGAGCUGCUGUUAUAAGUGAAGUGAGAGUGAAGUUCAGGAGCUGAGAGGCAACGAGAACAACAGGGUUCGGAUCUUGAUACAACUUUGUGUGUCAGUGUAAGAACCAGUGAACAACAAGCUGUGAACUGUGGGAGCUGAGUCACUGCAGGGAGUGAACGAGAGGGGGAGGAGCAGAGAUCUGUUUCUGUUCAGAGGAAGUGAAUCUGUUCUUCAGUCUCUGGAAGCAGCUGAAAUGGCGCAGCAAGAAAAUCAACUGGACAGAGAAAGAUUCUGCUGUUCAAUCUGUCUGGAUCUACUGAAGGAUCCGGUGACUACUGUCUGUGGACACAGCUACUGUAAGAGCUGUAUUAACUCCCACUGGGACAAUGGGGAGGAGAGAGGAAGCUACAGCUGUCCUCAGUGUAGAGAGACCUUCACACCGAGGCCUGUCCUGGGGAAAAACACCAUGUUAGCUGAUUUAGUGGAGGAGCUGAAGAAGACUGGACUCCAAGCUGCUCCUGCUGAUCACUGCUAUGCUGGACAUGAAGAUGUGGCCUGUGAUGUCUGCACUGGGAGAAAACGGAAAGCUCUUAAGUCCUGUUUGGUUUGUUUGGCCUCUUAUUGUGAAAAACACCUCCAGCCUCAUUUCCAGUCACCUCCAUUUAAGAAGCACAAGCUGGCGGAGCCCUCAGAGAAGCUCCAGGAGAACAUCUGCUCUCGUCACUACGAGGUGAUGAAGAUGUUCUGCCGCACUGAUCAGCAGUGUAUCUGUUAUCUCUGCUCUGUGGAGGAACAUAAAGACCACGACACAGUGUCAGCUGCAGCAGAAAGGACUGAGAGGCAGAGAGAGCUCGGGCUGAGGAGACAAACAAUCCAGCAGAGAGUCCAGGACACAGAGAAAGACCUGAAGCUGCUUCAACAGGAGGAGAAGGCCCUCCAUUGCUCUGCUGAUAAAGCAGUGAAGGACAGUGAGGAGAUCUUCACUGAGAUGAUCCGUCUGCUGAAGAAAAGAAGCUCUGAUGUGAAGCAGCAGAUCAGAUCCCAGCAGGAAACUGAAGUGAGUCGAGUCAGAGAGCUUCAGGAGAGACUGGAGCAGGAGAUCACUGAGCUGAAGAGGAAAGACCAGGAACUGAAGCUGCUCUCAGACACAGAGGAUCACAACCAGUUUCUACACAACUACCCCUCACUGUCACCACUCAGUGGAUCUACACACUCAUCCAGCUUCAGGAUCCGUCCUCUGAGGGACUUUGAGGACGUGACAGCAGCUGUGUCCCAGGUCAGAGGUCUACUACAGGACAUUCUGAGAGAGACAGAGGCAGAGAUUUUACAGAUUGUGUCUCAAGUGGAUGUUUUACUGCCACAACCAGAGCCAGAGACCAGAGCUGACUUCUUAAAAUAUUCACAGGAAAUCACACUGAAUCCAAACACAGCAAACAAAAAUCUGUUAUUAUCUGAGGGAAACAGAAAGGUAACAUGGAUGAGUAAAGGACAAAGGUCUUAUUCUAGUCACCCAGACAGAUUCACUAGUAAUUAUCAUCAGGUCCUGAGUAGAGAGAGUCUGACUGGACGUUGUUACUGGGAGGUGGAGGUGAGAGGAGAAGUUAGUGUAGCAGUCACAAGCAAGAAUAUCAGCAGAGCAGUAGACUCACAUGAAUGUGUAUUUGGAUACAAUGAUACAUCUUGGUCAUUAUAUUGUUAUGUAAACAGUUAUAACUUUUGUCACAACAGGAUCAUGACUCCAGUGUCAGGUCCUGUGUCCUCCAGAGUAGGAGUGUACCUGGAUCACAGUGCAGGUGUUCUGUCCUUCUACAGAGUCUCUGGCACCAUGACUCUCCUCCACAGAGUCCAGACCACAUUCACUCAGCCUCUCUGUGCUGGAGUUAGGGUUUGGCCUGAAUCCACAGCUGAGUUCUGUAAACUCAAAUAGACUCGAGUCAUUAAAAGCAGUGAUUUAGAUUCUGUGUUUAAAUCUUUAACUUCUUUUGUCUCCAUGUUUUUUUGAUCAAAGUUCGUCGUGGUGACGUUUCUGCUCCGCACAGAGAUCAGCUGUCAAUCAUUCCUGAAAGGCGGCACUAUGACGUCCUCUCAUUGGUCGUUGUGUUGAUGUUUCAGUUUGUUGAGCUGCUCCCAUGUUGCAUCUCACUGCUCGUUGCUUUAAGCUGCAGAAGCUUGGGUGAAGCUUUCACAUUUCUCCUUGCAGAACAAGUGCAAUCUGAAAACUGAUGCACCACCACAAGAGGGCGCCUUUGUUUUGUGGACCACACCCUGUGGUUUAUGUUGUGCACACAACUUUCAUGUGUCAGGCUGGACUCUGUCACAGCCUGGCUCUAUGAAACAUUCUAACAUGUCUCUUUACCUUCAGCCGCGCUGCAGAGGUUAUCCAAAUGAAUCCUUUUCAACACGUGGCAUGAAAUUCAAAACUUCAGCUCUUCUUGGGUUUUUCAGAAUGAUGUGUGGGUGCAUGUCCCGUCCACUUGCCCAUGUGAAAACAUCUAUAGUGUGUGUUGUAGGAUAUAUCUUGUGUGUUAAAAUUACUGCAUUGUUUCAGUUUUCCAUCUUUUUUUUCUUCUGUUUCUGUUUUCAGUUGAAGAAUUGUUAAUGUGCUUAAUUGGUCUCUUUCUUGAAAAAGCAGUAAGUGUAUAGUCGGGGGACUUUGUUUUUAGGGCUGCAACUUAUUCAGUGAAUGAUUUCAUCGGUUCAAUCAAUCAAUAAAUCAAUCAAUCAAUAAAUCAAUCAAUCAGCUCCACAGUACAAGACAGGGUUCCAUAAUGCUCAUGACUGUUUAGUUUACAGUUUUUGUGAAACAGAAGAAGGCCCCUCACCUUUGAGACGGUGGUACCAGAGGAUGUUUGACAUUUUUCUCUUGUGUAACUUCAUGUUCUGAUUUAUUGAUGUGAAAUUAUGUUUAAUAUAUAUUUCUAUUUGUAUCAUGUAAAUUGUGAUUGUAUUCACUUGUUAACUGUGUGCAUCAGUGGUAAUAAACUCAUGUUCAAUAUGGAUUUCGACUGCUCCUAAACGUUAAUGCAUGUGACGCUCGACUGUUCAGUUUAACAAAUAGUCCAAAGAAAUAUCUGAAUUGAUUAAUCAAUUUAAAAUGCUCAUGAUCAAUAAUCAAUAUUUACAAAUUGUUUGAAAAUAAGAACAUUGUAAAUCUUCACAUUCAAGAAGAUGAGUUAUGGAUUUGUGUUGUUUUAACAUCUUAAAUAAAAGAUCAUUUAAAAAACAUGUAUCAUCUAUAAUGAAAAAAGUAUAUUUGUAUCAUUUGAAUAAUCAAUAAACUCUCUAAUUGUUGAGCUUCAGAGAA